AUGGCAAAACCAUCAGCACAGAUUCCCGUCAUCGACAUAUCGCCAGCGAAUGCUCAUGCUGCGACACAGCUCCUCGAUGCAGCGGCCAAUAAUGGCUUCGUGUUUAUCGAGAACAACGCAGCUGCGGCCAUGCCUCCGACCGCCGUCGGAAACAUGUUUGACUUGAGUAAACAAUUCUUCCAAAGUCCGAUCGAGAACAAACAAGAAUGCCCCACGCAGAAUAAUAGAGGAUGGGUGUCUAUGCAGCAGGAAACGCUCGAUCCUGGUAACCAAAAGAGAGGCGAUUUCAAAGAAGCCUUCAACCUCGGUGAAUUCAGCGGCAGCACACCUAAUCAGCCCCUCCCCGAACCUCUUUCCACACACGUCGACACGGUGGCAGGUUUCUCCCAUUCCUGUCAUGCUCUGUGCAACAAACUACUCCAACUGUUCGCUGAAGCUCUGGAGAUACCUUCUGAUUGGUUUAGCUCGAGACAUGAUCAGAGUAAGGGUGCUUCGGGGAGUAUUAUGAGACUGCUGUAUUAUCCCUCUGUUCCGGAUAGUUUGGGGCAGGAUGAAGAUGAUAUACGUGCUGGUGCUCACAGUGACUACGGCACCCUAACCCUCCUCUUCCAACUGCCCGGCCAGCCAGGCUUGGAGAUAAAAACUCCUGCUGGAACAUGGGAAAGUGUGCCCGUGGAUCCUCACGGCACACUCUCCACUGAUCCAUCAAAGCCUUUGCCAAUCCUAGUAAACAUCGGCGAUUUACUCGCUUAUUGGACUAAUGGACUAUUAAAGUCUACAGUCCACAGAGUCAUUUUCCCCAAAGAUGCGAAAAGGGGAGGUGAAGAUAGGUAUUCGAUGGCGUAUUUCUGCCAUCCGCUGGACGAUGCAGAGCUCAUCCCCGUGCCGAGUAAGAGGGUAGAGCAAUACGAAGGUGGUGUUGAGGGCGUGAAGAAGGGUGGAAAGACAUUGACGGCAAAGGAUCACCUGCUGGAGCGUUUGGCAGCAACCUAUGGCACGAAAGCUUGA